UGAAGCUCACUUUCCCGCUCUUAUUCGCUUCCUUUUCUCUCAGCAGUUAUCGGUCGCCGACUAUAGGAAGACCUGGAUUCAGUGAUCGGUUCACCGAUUCAUCCUCUGCGAUCAGGAAAUGAAGUAUUUGAUUGCGGCCUUGAAUAGGAAACUGAGGAGUAGCGAUCCGUUAGAUUUAUCACGAGUUUUCCGGAAUUCGUCCGAACUCCCAAGUAUGGAAACUUCAAGCCCUGCGGUUUUUGUGAAUGGAGCCCUGCUGAGGCGUUAUAUAGGUCAGAAGGUCCGAGCAGUCCUUCAAGUCAUACGGUCUGACGUUGGAUCUGUGGUCGGGAAAUCGACCGAUGAUCAGCAGAUUGCCGUUAGGGGUUCACCCCCUGCGCCUCUUACCACCUACCUCGAGGUCGUUGGAGUUGCGGAGAGUGAUAAUGUCAUUAGAGCUCAAAUAUGGACCAACUUUGGUGACAAUUUCGAUACAAACAACUACAAUGAGCUAUGUAAGCUUGCAAGUGGAGAGUUCAAGGACUUGUUCAUCUAAGUGUAUGAACACUAAAGCUACAUUGGCUUACAAUGAAAGUGAAUGAUUCGAUCUCACUUUUUCUAUAUCUCAUGAUUGAAUCAUUUUUUAGAUUUAUGUUCAGGGUUUAGUUGCAAAAUUGAUUCACAGAUUCUAUUUCAAUAUUUGCAUAUAAUUCCAUUUUUUUUUAAUUGUA